AUGCCCUCCCCAUUGACCGUCACGUUCGUUCAAUCGACCGUCCUCAAUGCCAUCUCCAACGUCCUAGCGCAGCUCAUCGACCAGCGCAAGAACACCGUACCGCCAAUCGACGGUAUCGUUCUCGAGGAUUUCCCAGCCCCCAAUACCAACUAUCGCCAGUUUUUCCUCGGUGACAACAAGCAGCUAAACACUCGCCCUUCCGCAGAGCUUGCUGACCUCAUAUGUAUCGCCGAAUACGACUAUACGUUUGACAAGCCAGCGUGUUUGAUCGGUCUGCCAAAGGCUGUUGUGUACAUGUCUUGCGAGGACCGCGGCGACUUCACAGUGUUUGUCUUUCAGACUAGCAUUAAGAGAGAUUAA